GUCGAGCCCUCCUCUCAGACUGUGACUUGAGAUUCUCCUGCGACUCGAGCUAGGCCGCGCUACCUCAACCACCACUCAUAGCAAAGAGACAAAACCUUGCGCGGAGGGAUGAUAUGCCUCAUGGCCUCAGUCUUGACAUUCAUCAGCGGGCCGCUAAGUGCGGGAUUAGGAAUGUCGGUGACGCAUCUAGAGACGAUUAUCUGUCAAACAACUUCGAGGUCACUCCUGUGAAAUGUUUGAGAUUCACCCAGUGCCGGAGGCAGUGAUGCAGCAGCGGAAGGCUACUUAGAUUUCGCACGUCCAUCCUCUAGAACCUCCACACCCAACCAUGUCUAAGUCUUACGCCACCCUUGCAGUUCCGACGCUGAACUCGCCGUCGAGCUCGUGGCUCCAAAGGAAGCUCAUUCAUUACGCGCGAACGGUCGUCCUUGCCGCCCUCAAGCGUGGCGUCACAACCGGGAGUCUCGAGGUUAUCGAGGCGGAUGGCACUGUGCUCUCUUUCGGCGAAAAUGUAGACGAAAUGAAGGUCCCCAGGAAGGCCGUGCUUCGCGUGAAUGACAGCCGCUUCUGGCUGAGAGUCUACCGCUCGUACGACGUCGGAUUCUCCGAGGCCUUCAUGGCUCAGGAGAUCGACUCGCCGGACUUGAAAUUGGUGCUACAGGUGUGUAUCGACAACCUCUCCAACGUGCAUGCCGGCGUCUCGUCGGUCUACUCUCGCGUGUUCAAGGCGCUGCACUUCGUCGGCCACAUGCUCAGCCAUUCGCAUGUCCAGUCUAUCGCAAACGUUGCGGGCUAUGACGCGUCGAACGACCUGUAUACAGCCUUCCUGAGUUCCGAGAUGCAGUACUCAUGUCCGAUCUGGUCGCCCAACGAGGGCGGUGUCCGUGGUGAUCUUGACGGGAACCGCAAGCCGGGUGAUCUAGAGGCCGCGCAAGUCACAAAGAUCAAGUACAUUCUUCGAAAGGCCCGACUUGAAGCCGGAGGUCGCCUGCUCGAAAUCGGAUCGGGCUGGGGAAGCAUUGCCAUUGCCGCUGCUGCAAUGGGCUGCACAGUCGACACCUUGACUCUCUCGAUUGAACAGAAACAGCUUGCCGAGAAGCGCAUCGCGGCAGCUGGCUUUUCCGACCAGAUCAGGGUCCACUUCAUGGACUACCGCGACAUGCCACCGGAAUUCGAAAAGGCUUUUGACGCAUGUGUAUCUCUAGAGAUGCUGGAGGCUGUCGGCACAGAAUACCUCCCCACUUAUGCUGCAAAGAUUGAUUGGGCUCUCAAAAGCAAGAAUUCUGCAGUCGUGCUGACCGCGACGACCUAUCCUGAACGAUACCAGACUAGCUACCAGGGACAGAACUUCAUCCGAAAGUAUCAUUGGCCGCACACUGUCUUGAGCAGUGCGCUUUCCUUGGCCGAAUGCUUCAACAAGACCCUGCAAGGCAGAUUCUGCAUCGACAGCAUCGAAGACUUUGCGAUCCACUACCCACGGUGCCUUCGGGAAUGGGGGCGACGACUAGACGAGAAAUGGCACAGCCCCUUGAUCGAUUCGCUACAGGGCCGCUAUCCCGAAUUAAAGGAUCCGCACCGACUGGAGAUGUUCAGGCGACGGUGGCACUACAUGUUUGUCUACAUGGAAGUGGCUUACUCCCAGAAUCUGCUCAGUUGCGUGUGCUGGACAUUCGCUCGGCCUGGAUUCGUUGCAGAGACAUGUGCCUAAUCCCAGCAUCUUCAUUCUCCCAUUGUCUCAGACCACGUGUUGGAACAAUAUGCAUUUGAUAUCCUAUACACAGUACCAAUCGCUCAGGAAUCAGGACAUCGCCGCUUGACCUCAUUAGCGAAUUCGGCGUUUGUGUGACAGUUGGCGUUGAUGCAUCACGGUAGUAAGGUGAGUUAGAUUGUCUCUCUCAGUUCCGUCUAUGCGGCUGCGACACAAAGUUCUGGCACACGAAACACUCGAGCGAGAUUGCGGAACUGUGCUGAUCAGCGAUCUCGGGGCCUUCCCAGAGUUUCAACAGACAUGAAGCCUCCUCCAAGUUUUUUGCGUGGUGUUGAUUAGUGUGGCACUACGACAUAUCACGCGGAAAAUCUGUUCGACCAGCCAGUCCUUGAUGCAGGAUACCGUGGAUAACAUUCACCGCAACCGUUGCGGGCGAUUGCUAGGGAUUUGUGACCCGUUGAUCCAACUUUGAAACAAAAACGGUACUUAAAGUGGUGGGAGAUCCGGUUCGCAAGCGACGCGUGCUCUGCAGCAGGCUGCGGCUCUGAGAGCCGAAGUCUUGCUGUUCAAUCUUUUCUCGUUCACGGGCCUUGUCACUCUGUCUCUCGUCCUAAUCGCGCGCUGCUCGACGCGUAUCAAACGGGGCCCGCUUUGGUUUCGCCAUCUGAUCUCUUGGAUCGUAUACAGCGCGUCGUUCACGCUGUUGGUCGGCAACCAGCUGGGCGGGCCGCCUGGGUUUGGUCUAUGUGCUGUGCAAGCUGGGCUCAUCCAUGCCGUCCCUGUGUUGGGAGUUCAUCCAUCCACGCGCCAUUCUUGGAAGUUCAACCUCUCUCGAGCCCGACCCUGAGCGGCCUUUGCUUCGUGAUCGAUCUCUAUAUCGGGCUUUCGGCCGUGGUCCAUGGGAAGAGGAAGAUCCAUCCCCGAAUGGUCGGCGUCGUACGCAGCAUUCCCUCUUUCGGACGGCCUUCGCAGUGACAUCCCGACAGUUGCUCAACGCCCCACAGACAGCCUUCGCGCUGCUCCUCCUGCUCUUCCUGCUCCCGGUCCGGACAGCGGAGGACGUGGCUCGGGUCGACACCCAGCUGUACUGCCAUUUGACAUCGCCUUUCCCUGCUCGGCUCAGUGCGUGCAUCGCCGUCGGCACUGGAAUCCUGAUCGUCCCGCUGGAAGGUGAGAGCGCGCGGUCUACCCCGCCGUUCCCAGUUCUCACUGGUAUGACGGCCGCGCUGCGGUUUGGCUCGCAGUGGUCCUGCGCCGCCAUUGAGCUGUGUUCCGCCGCUCGGAUCAAUUCAAUACGGACCCGAACAUCUCUUUGUCCAUGCUGGUCCGUGUCAAUUUGUUCACGGUGCUGUCUGUGGCGGGUGUUGGGUCUGUCUUCCCGCGCUGCUUUCGGCGUCGUCACCGAUCAGAUCCCCAGAUUGAGCGCCCUCCCCUUGCUGCAGUCCGGCACAGAACCUCUCUGGAACCUGGGCUUGACCAUCGUUUCUAUCAUGGCGGCCGCGAUCUUUGGCACCCAGGCCGAGCUCUUCCGGGGUCGCGUCUUCUGGAGAAAGCGCAGUCAGCCACCGCUCUUCGCUGGCAGAAAUGGCGGUGGAGUGACCGGUCCCGAGAACGAAUGGGUGACCCAAGACGGGCAGAUCGAGAAGACCGUUAACACAGCCGUUUGA